CACAUAAAAUAUCGGCCUCCCUCUGUAUCUAUCCCUCGUUCCCUCUAGCUCUCCUUCUCUGCGAGCAUUCUUCCAUUUUCGUUCGCCAAAAAAGUCUCUGUCUCCACGUACCCAGAAUUCUAUAUUCAUACGAUCAUAUUUUUAAUGGAAGAUCGCUCGGUAGUUCCCGCCGUUGAUUCAGAGAACAUUCGAGAAUCCUUUUUCUGCUGUGUCUGUCUGGAUCUUUUGUACAAACCCAUAGUGCUAUCUUGUGGCCACAUUGCCUGUUUCUGGUGUGUCCAUAGAUCCAUGAGUGGUCUACGUGAAUCGCAUUGUCCAAUUUGCAGGCGUCCUUAUUAUCACUUCUCAACGAUAUGUGAGAUGUUUCACUACUUGCUCCUCAAACUGUAUCCUCUUACCUACAAGAGGAGAGAAAAUCAGAUUAUGGAGGAAGAAAACAAGGAUGGCUUAUUCUCUCCGCAGCUCGAUGGUCAUGCAAGUGCGCUGAUUGCUGAUAAGGAUUGUAAUCACCUGAUGGAUUCUGUAAAUUCCUGCACCACAACUUGUGAGUCCAAGUCAUGCUUAUCGCCUUCCUCUGCCAAAAAAGAUCCUAAUGCAAAUAUGGAGCAGUUAGAAUCCACGUUCACGAUUCAAGGAAAUGACAUGACCUUCUCCCAGCAUCUCUGUGGAGAAAGUUUUGAAGUUCAGAAAGCUGACACUUCUGCAAAAGAAAAUUUGUCUCAAAAUAAGCUAAAUGAAAGCUGCAAACAAAUUUCAAUUGCUGAUGUACUUUGCAUUGCAUGCAAGCAACUGCUUUUCCGUCCCGUUGUUCUCAACUGUGGCCAUGUUUAUUGUGAAACUUGCAUCGAGAAUCCAGCUGAUCAGAUGAUUAGGUGCGAAGCUUGUCAUAGUUUCCAUCCAAGGGGCUUUCCGAAAGUUUGUUUGGAGCUUGCUGAGUUUUUGAAGGAACAAUUUCCUAUGGAUUAUGCAUUGAGAAGAGAUACUGUGCAGCAGAAAGAAGUCAGUUUCGAGAAUGAAACUCAGACUACUAGUCCCACAAAAGCUGGUAAGGAAGGUUUUCCCCUUUCCUCAGUGCCUGCAACAGAAAAUACGCUAUGGUGGGCUGACCCUACCUUAAAGAUUCACGUGGGAGUCGGUUGUGAUUUUUGCGGGAUGAUGCCGAUAGUCGGGGAUAGAUACCAAUGCAAAGAUUGCGAGGAGGCAAUAGGUUUCGACCUUUGUGGAGAUUGCUAUAAUACUCGUUCCAAGCGUCCUGGGCGGUUCAAUCAAAAGCAUACCCCGGAACACAAGUUUGAGCUAGUGAAUUCGAGUAUACUUCAAAGUAUGAUGUUAAGGCUGAUGACUGGACAGUCCCAGAAUGUUCCAUCUACUGUAUUACUUUCUGGUGAUGCUCCUGAGAAUUCAGAAAGGUCGGAGGAUGUUCCAUCUCCUCUAUUUCCAUCCGAUGAUGUUCCUGAGGUUUCAGAAAAUGAGUACAUUGCUUUUAUGCUCUCAGGCGAGGCACCACAGAGUAGGGGCGAUAGUAACCAUAACAAUGGUAUUGAGGAUCUAAAUGAGAGCCAAUCCCCCAAUUAAUUCAUGUUGGUUUUAAGUCGGAAGGGGGUUGGAUCAAUCUUUUGUUUUGUAUUGUUCAUUUAGAGCAUUCACAACACUGGUGUCUGUAAGGGCAAAUGCAAUGGUAACGUAUUAUUGGGCCAACAAAGAUGUUGUCUUUUACUGAUGUGGUUGUAUUAUAAAAUGUGUUUUGCUUA